AUGGCACAUAUAUGUAGUGAUGGUAAGGGGAAACAAAUCCUUCAAUUUGUCUAUCAACGGGCAUUGAAUGCAUCCGAGUUGAAUUUGGAUUUGUUUGUAAACGAUAAUCUCGAACAAGCAAUUGCAGAUCUAGCCCAUCUUUCUCCUAGUCCCUUCAAAUGGACGAGGGAACAAAGGAAUUUUGAAAGGACACUAAAAGAAUUUCCUAAAUUUGAAGAAUUCAGGAAAAAAAUCAUAUACAACAGUUUUCCUGGGAUUAUUAAGCUUGAAACUAGAACUAGGGAAUUGGUAUCACUCGGGUUAUUUGAGGAUGCACUUAAUCAGUAUUCAAUAGCCCCUAACAAACAGUGCAAAAAAAUUCCAUCUGAUCUAUUUUCAUACUUUGUUAAACACAUAAUUAAUUCAAAAACCAACAAUGAUAAUAUGUUACUACUAACUAAUCGUUUGGUGUCCCGUAUUGAAAAGAUUCCACUGCAUGUACUGCCAUUAUUAAUCACACAUUUCCAAUCGCAUAAAUGGCCAAACUGUAAAAAUAAAUUACUAGAAGAAUUUAAAAGAAAUGCAGCACAAAUGUCACCAACUGAUCUAUGCAAGGUCUUUGUUGCUAGCUCAAUAUUUUCCCAUAUUCAGUAUGAAAUCCCUUCCAUUUACAUACCUUAUCUCAAGUAUGUUAUAUAUUCACACCACCUAAAGGAUACAAAUUUGAAAUCUAAUAACAAAAUAACUUCAAAUGAUCCAUUCAUUGAUAUAUGCUUGGAAACUAUGCCUAAUGGACCCGAUUUGGGUACUGUAAAACUGCCAAUUUUGAGACAAGUAUUUUUGCACAAUAAAAGUAAAGGCAGCUUUAUUCACGGUCUAGCAAACACAAUUGUCAAAUCUAAAAUCAAACCUGCUGAAGAAUGCUUUGAACAGUAUAUUGGCCAGAUUAAAUUGGUUAUUGAGGCUGGCAGUCCAAAUAAUGUUAUCAUCGGGUUGAUAGACAUUAUGUCUGAAUAUAUUAAAAACAAUUUCAAUAAUCAAUUGAUAAUAACAGCAUCUCAAAUUCUUUGGUCAUAUUCAAAGUGUAGAAAUAUAAUAUUAGACGCCCUUGCCGAAUUAUCUUCUAGUGAAUUCAUUAUCUUGCUGGGUAAUAUUGUAAAGUGUUGUUACUAUAUUGAUCAACCCGAUGAACAAUCUACAAAAGCUAUUGUUAGUAGAUUUAACGACAUAAUUUCACAUUCUGAACUUAUUAAUGAAUUUGAUAUUGAUUAUUUGGGUGAAGAAAUUGCUAAAUCUUUGUUACUCUCCAAAUUCAACAGCACAAUUGGGAGGUGGGAUGUAAGAUGGAAUUGUAUUAUUGAAAGUAUCAUUGAUAAGCUAAAUAAUUGUGAAACGCGCAACAUAAUAUCUCAUAUUACUAAAAUAGGCCAUAUUUUGCAUAAAAAUGUCACACAACAAGUUAGCAGUGAUAUUGUCGGCAAGGUAAUUUGUGAUAAUGAUUUGUACAAUAUGUAUCGCAAGAUUUUGAAAAUUGACAUUUACGCAGAUAAAACACUCAAUGACAGUGAUAAAUUUGUCAAAUUGACUAAAAACCCUGUCGCAUGUUGGGGCAAAACCUCUUUUUUCUACAAAUACCCCGACUCUGAUUACAUCCCGCUAGCCAUUACUUGUGAAUCAAUAAUACAGUCUAUAGACAAUGGUAAAUGGAAUAUUGAAGAUAUUUCCAAGAUUGUUGGACUUGAAUAUGCAGUGGUGGAUUACCCCAGAUUGCUGUUGCUAAUAGGCCGCCGAUUGAUUAAAAUCAAUGAUAUUGAUUUAUUGGGUGAGAGAUUACUUGAGCAUCUUCCUUCAUUCGAUUUGUACCAAGCAUGUUCAAUAGCUUGGAGUUUGGCAGCAUUAGAUUACUUGCCAAUUGAACUCUUGACAUGUUUAACAUCAUCUAUCAAUAUCAAACUUGAUACUAUGCAUUUGGAGCCUUUAUCGGGGUCUAGGUUGGCUUGCUUCCUCGCCUAUACAAGUCGUAAAAAUCCAUUUAUAUUCUUCAACCAAAUAUCUCCGUUUCAGAAAGUUUUAAAAGCUGUAGGAUUUGGAAAUAAAACCACACAACACUGUUAUCAUUACAGAGAUUCGAUACUUUCUCUUGAUAACCAACAAUUGCUGUCCAAAAUUGCAUUUGAACACUCUAAUUUCUUCGACGAUCCAAUGCAUGAAUUCGCUCCCUUCUAUUAUGACGGUAUAUCACAUAAACUCAAAAUAGUGCUUUCAUACUAUCCAGAAGCACAAAGUUGGACUCAAAUUGGCUCAAAUACUUCAGCUCAAAAAUACAAGCAAGAACAGUUACGAGAUCAGGCUUCACCUGGAGGAAGGCUGAUGCAAGAGAAGUAUGCUAAGAAUGCAGGUUAUCGGGUGUUAAGGAUUGAUCGACACAGUGAUUUGGAUAGAUUAUUCCGGGAUUACAACGUCCCAAACAGGAUUUGA